AUAAAUAAAAAAAAGGGCGAAAAAAAGAAAGUCGUCUCUCCCUCCAGUCUUCUCCGACGGCAUUUCCCACUUUCCUCUCUUUCUCUAGAUCGCACCGUUGCGGCGUAUUUGGGCUGCGGAUACGCACACCUACGUAUACGAGGGACAGUGGACUGCGGUACUGAGAUUCCUGGUGGAUUGGGUUGUCGAAUUCGAUUGAGAUCUGUGGGUUCUGCGGCCGUUGGAUCUGGAGGAUUGCCGGAUCUGAGGGCGUCUGGAGAUGGCACUGUCGGGGAUGAGAGGCUUGUCGGUCUUUAUAAGCGACAUUAGGAAUUGCCAGAACAAGGAGCAGGAGCGCCUCCGCGUGGACAAGGAGUUGGGCAAGAUACGCACUCGGUUCAAGCAGGACAAGGGUCUAUCACCUUAUGAGAAGAAGAAAUACGUAUGGAAAAUGCUUUACAUUUAUAUGCUUGGUUAUGAUGUUGAUUUUGGUCACAUGGAGGCUGUUUCCUUGAUAUCUGCCCCUAAAUAUCCUGAAAAGCAGGUCGGUUAUAUUGUUACGUCAUGCCUGCUCAACGAGAAUCAUGAUUUUUUGAGAUUAGCAAUUAAUACUGUGCGCAAUGAUAUCAUUGGUCGCAAUGAGACAUUUCAGUGUCUAGCAUUGACACUGGUUGGGAAUAUUGGUGGGAGAGAGUUUGCUGAAUCAUUGGCUCCUGAUGUUCAGAAGUUACUUAUUUCCAGUAGUUGUCGCCCACUUGUGAGGAAGAAAGCUGCAUUAUGUCUCCUGCGCUUAUUUAGAAAGAAUCCAGAUGUGGUGAAUGUAGAUGGCUGGUCUGAUCGGAUGGCACAGCUGUUAGAUGAACGUGAUUUGGGCGUAUUAACUUCUUCCAUGAGUCUUCUAGUUGCUCUAGUGGCAAAUAACCAUGAAGCAUAUUGGAGUUGUCUCCCAAAAUGUGUUAGAAUAUUGGAAAGACUUGCUCGGAACCAGGAUAUUCCUCAAGAGUACACUUAUUAUGGUAUUCCAUCUCCCUGGCUUCAGGUUAAGACAAUGAGGGUCCUUCAGUAUUUUCCAACUGUUGAAGAUCCAAACACUAGAAGAUCUUUGUUUGAGGUUCUACAGAGGAUACUGAUGGGUACAGAUGUUGUGAAAAAUGUGAACAAGAAUAAUGCAUCACACGCUGUUCUUUUUGAAGCUCUUGCUCUUGUUAUGCAUCUUGAUGCUGAAAAAGAGAUGAUGUCUCAGUGUGUUGCAUUGCUUGGUAAAUUUAUUGCCGUCCGUGAACCUAAUAUCCGUUAUCUUGGUCUGGAGAAUAUGACUCGGAUGUUGAUGGUCACAGAUGUUCAGGAUAUAAUCAAAAGACAUCAAGCGCAGAUUAUAACUUCCCUGAAGGAUCCCGAUAUUAGUAUUAGGAGACGUGCUCUUGAUUUACUUUAUGGAAUGUGUGAUGUUUCUAAUGCAAAGGACAUAGUUGAAGAAUUAUUACAGUAUCUAAGCACUGCCGACUUUGCAAUGCGUGAAGAAUUGUCACUUAAGGUCGCUAUUCUUGCGGAGAAGUUUGCCCCAGACUUGUCAUGGUAUGUAGAUGUUAUUCUUCAGUUGAUUGACAAGGCAGGAGAUUUUGUCAGUGAUGACAUUUGGUUUCGCGUGGUGCAGUUUGUUACAAACAAUGAGGAUCUACAGGUAAUGGAAAGACAUUUUGUGUUAAUUCAGAGUAGGUUUCUGUGGAUUAGUGAUGCAUUCGACAAUCUCAUUUGUGCUUUCAUUUCUUUUGUAUCUUGUCAGCCAUAUGCUGCACUGAAAGCAAGAGAGUAUCUUGACAAACCUGCCAUUCAUGAAACUAUGGUGAAGGUGAGUUCAUAUAUUCUUGGGGAAUACAGCCAUCUUUUAUCUAGACGCCCAGGUUGUAGCCCAAAGGAAAUUUUUAACAUCAUUCAUGAGAAGCUUCCUACUGUUUCGACUUCAACAAUUCCUAUCAUACUCUCAACAUAUGCGAAGAUCUUGAUGCACACUCAGCCACCAGACCAGGAGCUACAAAAUCAAAUUUGGGCAAUAUUCAACAAGUAUGAAAGUUGCAUUGAUGCUGAAAUACAGCAACGCGCUGUUGAAUACCAUGCUUUGAGUAUGAAGGGUGCAGCUCUUAUGGAUGUACUUGCUGAAAUGCCCAAAUUUCCAGAGAGACAGUCUUCAUUGAUUAGAAAAGCCUCAGAUUCUGAAGCGGACACUGCUGAGCAAAGUGCCAUCAAGUUGCGGUUGCAACAGCAAUCUUCUAAUGCUUUGGUAGUGUCGGAUCAACGGCCUGUAAAUGGUGCACCACCUGUCAACCAGCUUGGUCUUGUGAAGGUGCCAAGUGUGGAGCGGAGCAAUGCUGAACAAGGUGUAACACAUACGAAUGGGGCUCUGACUGUGGUGGAUUCCCAACAACCUAGCACAGCUUCUCCUGAUCUCCUAGGUGAUCUUUUAGGUACACUAGCUAUUGAAGGUCCUCCCGGUGCUGGCCAUCCAUCUGAAUCUGGAGUGCCUUCUGGUUUGGAAGGUGGUGCAAAUGCAGAUGCAUUAGCCAUUGCACCAGUUGAAGAGCAGGCUAGUACUGUCCAGCCAAUCGGUAAUAUUGCGGAAAGGUUUCAUGCUUUAUGUCUGAAAGACAGUGGGGUAUUGUAUGAGGAUCCUUACAUUCAGAUUGGCAUUAAAGCUGAAUGGCGAGCGCAUCAUGGGCGACUUGUUCUCUUUUUGGGAAAUAAAAAUACUGCUCCACUCAGUUCAGUUCAAGCUUUGAUAUUACCUCCAUCACAUUUAAACUUGGAACUCUCAUUAGUACCUGAGACUAUCCCUCCAAGAGCACAGGUUCAAUGUCCGCUUGAUGUAAUCAUUCUGAGACCAAGCAGAGAUGUGGCUGUCCUGGAUUUCUCAUACAAGUUUGGACCCCACAUUGUGAAUGUAAAACUUCGCCUUCCUGCUGUCCUUAAUAAGUUUCUUCAACCCAUCACAGUUACUGGUGAAGAGUUUUUCCCACAAUGGCGAUCACUGUCCGGACCGCCAUUGAAGUUGCAAGAAGUGGUGAGAGGUGUUAAACCUUUGCCACUUGUGGAAAUGGCAAACUUAUUGAACAGUUUGAAGCUGAUGGUUUGCCCUGGGCUUGAUCCCAACCCUAAUAAUUUGGUUGCAAGUACAACGUUCUACUCAGAAAGCACACGGGCCAUGCUGUGUUUGAUACGCGUAGAAACAGAUCCAGCUGACAGAACGCAGCUGCGAAUGACAGUUGCAUCAGGAGAUCCGACACUUACUUUCGAGUUGAAGGAGUUCAUCAAAGAACAAUUGGUGUAUGUACCGAUUUCUUCCCAGGCACCAGCACCAGCACCUGCCCCUCCAACCCAGCCUACCAGUCCACCUCCUACAGCCAUACCUUCAUCAGAUCCUGGAGCUCUUCUAGCUGGUUUGCUUUGAGUGUUAUUUCGAAACAUUUCAUCCAACUACUCUGUAACCUGUGUUCAUAUGGCAAGCCCUUCUGAUCCAUGCUCCUCGCAUACAAACGGGAUGUUCCAGACAUAUACAUAUAUUGCAAGGGUGGGCGCGCGGGAGUAAAUGGUACGACUAUAUAUAUAUAUGUAAACCCGAGAUAGCCUUAUUUUUGAAGUUUAUUGGAGGUUGUGAAGUUUUUCUAUUCUUUUGCACAAUUUUAUUAUUGUGCCUUGGUGAGGGUUUCUUGUUUUUUUUUCUUUUUUUUUUUUGAAGUGUCUCUUCCCCCACUUAGUUUUAUAGCGAGAUUUGAAUAUCCAUUGGUUUUUGUAAUAUGAAAAGUUCUGCAUUCUGACUACACAGAUGCAUUUGUUUGUGAAAGCUGGUUAUUGUUGUGCA